AUGCGGCUGAGCCUCCUCGUCAGUGCUGCUCUUGCGAGCGCGUCGACCCUGACGCCUCCAGUUCUGCCGCUGAUUGUCCGCAACCCAUACCUCUCCACUUGGUUGACUGGUGCGCGUGAGGAGCCGUGGGAGAAAUGGCCCAUCUUCUGGACUGGGAAUACUGUUGGCUUCUCGGUGAUGGUAUCCGUGCCAGACACCUCUACAGUCUAUCCGCUGCUUGGUCGGCCCCAAGAUUCUCUGCCUCGUGACCAUCAAAGAUUCAGAGUCUCCCCUCCCAAGUACCUGGGCGCCACCUUUGACGCAUCGACGACCAAUCUCACUUAUGCAAUUGACACAUCGGGUUCUGGCGGUGAUGAUGCCGAGUCCUCUGUCUGCAACUCCCUGAAAGUGACGUUGUCGUUCCUCUCCCCCAUCACCCCUUCCUCUACAUUUCGGCAGUCGAUUCCUGCAGCGUAUCUGACUGCCCACGUCGAAGGGUGUCAAGAUGUAAACCUGUAUAUUGACGUCAACGGCGAAUGGGUCAGCGGGAACCGAGACAACCAUAUUAGAUGGGAGCUGGAUCAGCCCGAUCUCGCGAACCCUACGUCAGGGCCAGGCUUAAAGACAUGGAAGGUACAGCGGAUGAACGAGGAGCUUUUCACAGAGUUCGCCGACCGUGCCGAAUGGGGCACGCUUUACUUCUCUGCUCCCACCUCGGUCCGCCACGAAUCGGGAGUCUCUGGUCGUCUGCGGACUCAUUUUGCGGUAAAGGGGCAGCUCGAGAAUCACGUCGACGACUCGUUCCGGCAGAUCAUGGAUGAAGAGCCCGUCUUUGCGUACUCGAAGAGCUUCAAACUCAGCUCCAAGAACCACACAAAUCACGACAGUGUCAUGUUUACAUUUGGGCUCAUCCAGGAUCCUAUUGUUCAGUUCGCUGCUGCCAGGGGGUUGACUCUGAUGCGGCCCUUCUGGGCUAACUUCUUCCAUUCCCCGGAAGAACUGAUCAAUUACCACUACCACGAUUUUGAUACUGCAGACCGGUUGGCUAGCAACUACUCGGAACAGCUGUCAAAAGACGCGUACGCUUCUGGCUCGACCGAGUAUGAGGAAAUAGCUGCGUUAUCUGCCCGACAGGUCUUGGGAGCAACCGAGUUUGGAGGAACACCAGAUAACCCCUUGCUAUUCCUCAAAGAGAUCUCAUCCAACGGUAAUUGCCAGACAGUGGACGUCAUCUUCCCCGCAUUCCCCUUCUUCCUAUACACCAACCCUCGCUGGCUGGCGUAUCUCCUCGAGCCCCUGUUGGAGCAUCAGCUCAGCGGCCAAUACCCCAAUGACUACAGCAUGCACGAUCUCGGUUAUCACUUCCCGAACCAGACUGGACAUGGCGAUGGCAACGACGAGUACAUGCCUGUCGAAGAAUGUGGGAACAUGCUCAUCAUGGGUCUCGCGCUGGUCAACGCUUUUAAAUACGACACACAGCCGGCGUUUGUCGCUGCUGUGGACGAGGCUGCUCGGCCGCUACCUCUGAGCAAGGCCCAAGAGCACUUCAUUGACGCAUCGGGCAUGGACAAACCUUGGGGCGGCAUGGCAACGACUGGAGAGAAGCAGGCCAUCAAGUGGGCAGCCAAGUCUUACAAGCUGUGGAAGCAGUGGACUGGCUAUCUGGUCGAGUACUCUCUGGUUCCGGAAUGGCAACUGUCGACUGAUGAUUUUGCUGGCUGGCUCGCCUACCAGACAAACCUGGCAUUGAAGGGCAUCAUCGGGGUCCGAGCCAUGAGCGAGAUUGCGGACAUCCUUGGCAAGACAGAAGAUGCCAAGCACUACCUGAAUAUCUCAGAGACAUAUAUCGAGAAGUGGCAGGAGUACGGUAUCUCUCGAGACGGCAGCCACGCCAAGCUGGCCUACGACUGGUACGGAUCUUGGACGACACUCUACAACCUCUAUGCAGAUUCGCUCCUUUGCUUCCACAUUCCGAGUGCCAAGUCGGAGAAGAGCCCAACCCGAUCCGUACCGGGGAAGCAACUCCCUAUUGAGGGCGGCAAGCCGGAUCCGACCAAGUCCAAGUCGACCUUCAUUCCAGACAAGAUCUACAGCAUGCAGAGUAGCUGGUAUCAUUAUGUACUGCAGAAUUAUGGUCUGCCGUUGGAUAGCCGUCGGCUGUGGACAAAGAGCGACUGGGAGUUCUUUGCAGCGGCUAUCACGAGCAAAAAUCGCCCAUUCACCGACCUGUACGAUACAGAAGGCGAGGGAGGCUACCCUGGAUUGGAAUUCAAGGCCCGUCCUGUGGUCGGCGGCCACUUUUCUUUCCUGGCCCUCGAGCGAGCUUGUGGCGGCAAGGCCGUCGAGGCCCUCAAGUUCUUGGACGACGAGAAGCUGCCCAAGAUCAAUGUGAAGGAAGCAUUGGAUGCAGAUAGGGCGCCUUUCUUUGAGAAGUCGAAGAACAAGCAACAGGCGGAGGACACGGAACAGCCGGAGAUGGGCGAGCUAUAG